UGGAAACUGCUUUCAGUAAACCCCACGUACUCAUUCGGAGUCUCAGCCGGAUCACCUGGGGGAAAUCACUGCAGGUUGUUUAGACAGAAAGUCCCGGUUUUCUGCCCAAGACAGGUCCUAACUGGAAGGCAGCAUGUCCAAUUUCACCUUGAGAAAAACAUCUCCCACAGGAAACGAUAUGAGGACUACCACGCAGGGGACCACACUGAGGCAACAGGGUUUCCAAGAGGUCAACAAAAGAAGGACUUUCUUACAGGAUAAUAGCUGGAUAAAGAAACGCCCUGAAGAAGAAAGAGAUGAAAAUUACGGUAGGGCGGUGCUCCACAGACAUAAUUCCCACGAUGCCUUGGACAGGAAAGCAAAUGAGAGGGAAGAGCCAAAAGCCACAAUCAGUCGGUACAGAUCUGAUGACACUUUGGACAGGAUUUCAAACAGAAAUGAUGCUGCUAAAACAUAUAAGGCCAAUACCCUGGAUAACCGACUAACCAAUAGAAAUGUGUCCACCUUUCAACCACCAGAAGUGACAAAGACGCAACCUGGAGGCUUGUCCAGUGCAAACGCCACCAACACCCCAGCUUCCACCUCCACUACCACUCCUGUGAAGAAGAAGAGACAAUCCUGGUUUCCACCACCCCCUCCAGGUUACACCACCCCAAACACAGGAGCAAGCAGAAGGGAACCAACUGUUCAUCCUCCAAUACCUCCAAAGCCCAGUUCUGCCGUUUCAUCUCCUAACCAGCUGAAGCAGGAUAAUAGGCAGACAUAUCCAGCUAAACCAAGUGUAUAUACAGAAGCCAACAGAUCUGCUGAAAGAAAUAUAAGGAGUCAGGACCUGGAGAACAUUGUCAAAGUGGCCACUUCGCUUCAGAAAACUAACAAGGGUGAAGAAUUGGAAAAUCUCAUCAAAAUGAAUAAAAGUUUGAAUAGAAAUCAAGGUCUUGAUGGUCUCUUCAGAGCAAAUCUUAAGUCAGAAUUAACGGAGAAACGAGCCAAAAGCCUUGAAAAUCUCAUCUUUGUGAAUACCCGGACAGAUAAAGAUGGCAAAGGGUAAGAUUUGAUUGAGACUCUUAUAGCCUU